AUAUGCAAUGUGACGAUCUGAAUGAUCAACGAUGAUCAGUAAUGCGCCAGAGCUGCUGCAACUAAUUACAACGUACGGAUAUUUAAGGGAUAGAAAUUGAUAACUGCGAUCUAAGCGAGUUAAAAAAAAGAAAAACAAAAAAUAAUAACAACAGUGCAAAAGCCCAACAUCGAAGUAUAACUGUAAUCAACGAACAUAAAAAAAUAACAAUAACAACAGCAAAAGCUCAGCAGGAGCAAAUAUUUUUGCAAAGCUAAAUAUUACAAGUGUUUCUACAUAUAUACAUACAUACACACAUGUGCACUUAAAUAAAUACAAGUACACAAACUACAUUUGUAAAUGAAAACGAACAUCCGAGUAUUAAUUCAGUGUGUGGCUUUUCUAUUCAUUUAACCGGCAAUGUUGCUCACGUUUUAAUUAAAAUAUCGCUCAUACUCUCGUAUCUUUUACACAUUUACUAUAUAUAUGAAGAAUUAAUAGAAUAAAUUUUGUGGUUUUUAUUUGUGCAAUUAGUGCACAGCCAAGCAAAAGUUUAGUGUGGCAUAAACUUGACAUUCAUUUCAGUGUUGGUACGCUUUUCGUCGACGCAUUUGCAUAUGAAUAUUUUUUCGCGCCUGUAUUACAACAACACAGAACAAAUAAAUUGUUGUGUUUGACAUCAUUAAAUUCGUUAUUUUUAUUAUUAAAUAAAUUUUUUAUGAAAAGUUAACUAAAUAGUGAAAGUGAAGAGUAAAAUUAGUGGUGAAAAUGGUGUACGAGUCAUCGUACGACAGUGGCGGCAGGCCUUUCAAGCCCGAUCUGACGCGCGGCUAUUGGGCGGCACCGAGUGAUUUCAUCUACACUUGCAUCAGUUUGGGCUUUCGCAUGGAUGUGGUGUCGAUGGGCUGGUUUCUUUACCAGCACAUGGGAGGCGCCAUUAUUCCCUACAUCCUUUGUAUGUUUCUCUUUGUCGUACCAAUUAUUGUGAUACAGUCAUUUAUGGGUCAAUUCUCCAGCAGCGGCUUCAUAUCGACUUUUCGCAUGUCGCCAAUUUUUAAAGGUCUGGGUUAUAUAAGCUUAUUCGUCAAUUUGGCUGUACUAUCCUACUACAGCUUGUUUGCAGCUGUGCCGUUACUUUAUUUAUUUCACUCGUUACGCCCCACUUUACCCUGGAGCUGUGAGGGUAUAGAAAAGUGGUUUCCAAAUAGCACUGAAGCAGAGGUUAAACAUUCCUGCAAAAUGCUAGAUUUAGUGGAGAUAAAUGCUAGCAUGAUCGCUAACAAUGAGUCAAAUAAAUAUAUUGGCUAUGAAGUGCCCUCUGUGUUGUUCUUCAACUCGAUUUUUGGUGGUGAUGAUGUGAUGGAGAGUUAUGAGUAUGAUAGUCCAUUUCUGUUCUCAUGGGAGUUGCUUGUUUGCACGCUGCUUAGUUGGGCUAUCGUAGCAGGUGUCUUUUAUCGUUUCUACAAUACCGAGCUGAUGAGCAAAUUUUUACGCUACACCAUUUGGACUUCCCUGAUUUUACUGUUGAUAUGCGUCGGACGUUUCCUGUUGUUAUCUAAUGACUGGAGUUAUAUCUUCAGUUAUUUUAUGGCAAAACCUCUUGAUAUUCUUGAAGGCAUACCCAACACUGUACUUUUUAUAGUAUCGGCAUUCGGUCCUGGCUGGGGAUCUAUUAUUGCCCUAGCCAGCUUUAAUCGCUUCCGGGCAAAUAUUAUGAAUUAUAGUUGGAUUAUUUGUCUGGGACAAAUGGGCAUAUUUAUGGCUUAUGGCAUUAUAACGCAUAUAAUUCAGGGUUACUUUAAAUCUCUUACCAUUCACUACGAUGAUGUAGAUAAUUUAUAUGUGUAUGUGAAUCAUCAUUGGGCACUAUAUUUGUCCAGCGGCAGCGUAAUGGCAGCGAUGAGUUGGUCAAACCUAUGGUCAAUAAUCUUCUAUGCAAUGCUGACGUUGACGGCGUUGAUAACAAUGAUAACCUGCUUAUUUUCUAUAUAUCAAAGCAUUUUCGAUGAGUUCGAAAUGCUGCGUUCGCGAAGAACCGAAGUUACACUUGGGCUCAUUGGCGUACUAGCAUUUUUAUCCUUAUAUACGUGUUCGAAUCACGGAGUCGUUUUCUUCAGCGCCAUGUCAAUGGAUUCACUCUUCACCCAAACAGCACUCAAUCUGCUACUGUUAUUGGUAGUGCUAUGGGUCUAUGGGCGUGUUCGCUUUCAGCGUGACAUAGAAUUCAUGUUGGGACAACGUUUCGCCACAUGGAAAGUGAAUAUGUUGCGGUUUGUUGCACCGAUUUGUCUCUGCCUUUUACUGUUGAUCGCGAUCAUUGGUUCUUUCUUCGAGCACUCUGUCAGCUCAAUUGUGAUUCUCAUUGCUGCGGUUUUCCUCAUCGUUCUACCUUGGCUCUACUUGCCCGGUUACAUGGUUUAUGUACUGCUACAAACAACGGGUUCAUUUAAGAUGCGCUUUCAACGUUGUAGUCGUCCAAUGGACUGGUAUCCGGUUGAAAUGGAGGAGCGACAGCGUUACGAAGAGGCGAUGGGCAAUAUGGAUAUUACGCAUCAAUUAAAUCAAAUCGUAGAUGAAGUCGUGCCAUAAUGAGAUUAUAAUGCGGACUUCCGUUCAAAAAAUUUCAAAGAAUUAUAGAUAAACACCAAAUGUAUAUAAAUGUUUUGAACUUGUAAUUUUUUAAAAUAAAUUUGUCUUCGCAGCCUAGAAUCUUGUUAUAGGAAUUAAAAUAUCUAAGUAAGAUUUUUCCCAAAUUCUCAACAAUUUUUUACUUUUUUAAGCUUUAUAUCACCAAUCACGAAUUUAUGGUAAAAUGAAAAAAAUGUAUAUAUAUAUUUUCGUGAUUUAAAAUGUCUAUGCAUGCAUAAAAUCGCUAAAUCUGUCUAUGGAAAUAUAUUUAUAAAUAUACAUUCAUA